AUGGUCGACCUCAGCCCGGAGCUCUCCGUGGAUGGAACUGCCGGCCCCGUCUUCGACGAGAUCCGGGCAGCUCACCUCCCGUGCUCCCGGCGGCUGUUGGCCACGGCCCCCACGGGCCACCGCACCCACCACACGCGGCUCCCGGGCGCGGGGGGUGCGAUGGUGCUGGAGCUGGACGCGGCGGGGGAGUCGCCGGCGACCGGGGAGGGCGCGGGCACGCUCAAGCGGCGGCUGGAGGAGGCCAUCGACGGCGCCAUGGCCCGCAUGUUCGAGCCUGAGUGGGCGCCCUUCCGGCCCGGCGCCUCCUACUUCGCGCCGCCCCGGCCCGCGGGCGCCGCCCUGGGCCUGCUCGAGCUCGUCACUCGCGGCGCCGGGAUCGGGGUGCUCCCGCCCAUCCUCUCUGAUGACGAGGCCCGCGUCGUCGCCUCCUCCUCCCGUGGCUACCCCUGCUCCGCCUACUUCGUCGACGGUUCGACGCCAGGAGGUUCAUGGAGAGGAUGAGGGGGAAGCGGCUCAUGUUCGUGGGGGACUCGCUGCAUAUGUAUACAUCUGCUUGU